AUGAGAGACUCGGGAAUCAAAUACGGGAAAGGAGCCACAGUGUCAUCAUGCAUCACCACCUACAAGAAAACGCCGCCCCCGGUCCCGCCGCGGACCACCCCGUCCAAACCCUUCAUCUCCAUCACGGCGCAGAGCAGCACCGAGUCGGCCCAGGACGCCUACAUGGACGGCGGCUCGGGCCAGCGGUCGGGCAUCAGCUCGCAGCCGGGCCUGUCCAACUCCACGGAGAGCAUCGACAGCAUGAAGGCCCUGACGGCGGCCAUCGAGGCGGCCAACGCUCAGGUGCACGGCCCCGCCAGCCAGCACGUCACCAACAGCACCAUCACCAUCACGGCCACCGCCACGACCUCCGUCUCCGCCGACAGCAAGGCGCAGAGGGAAGCGCUCCGCAAGUGCCUCUCCAUAGGGAUCCAGGUGGACCCGGAGGAAGGGGAGCCGACGGAGGAGCAGUCUAAAUUCCAGUCCAUAGGAAUUCAGGUGGAGGACGAGCGAUG